CCUGCGUACUGAUUGCUCGAGCGCCUCGCUCUCGUGCUCUCCCAUUGGCUGUCAGUAUGGGUUCCUGUGAACCAAUGCGCUCACAGGCUUGAUAUACCGGCUGAACGCUCUUGACUUUUUCAGUACAGCUGGACCGCGAAGGGGGCGUGCUGCAGCAAACGACGGGUCGUCAGCGGGUUUUUAGUUAUGGUGGUCGACACGUUGUUAAAUGAAGUUUAAAAGCACGUAGGGAAAAAAACUGUACUUGUUCAAACUAUACCAGAGCAAACUGUGUCUGCCGUUUUGGAAACAAACCUUGGGUUUCAAUGAAUUGCACCAGGGUUCUACAGAUACUGAACCCCAGGCCAAUGCCAAGUCCAAUUAUGCCUGUGGAUGUGGCAAUGAGAAUUUGUCUGGCUCACUCGCCGCCUCUUCGCAGUUUCCUCAGUUUAUAUGAGGACUGCAAGUCCAGGAGCCUAGUCAACCAAUACAAACCUCUGAGAUCCUGCAUCAGCUCCAAGACAGAUGUGGACACUGAUAACCUAGGAUGGAAAAGUCCCGAGACCAAAGCUAAAAAGAAAGUGGUUUUUGCUGACUCCAAAGGCAUGUCUCUGACAGCAGUCCAUGUGUUCAAGGAAUUUGAAGAAGACCCCAUGUUAGACCUGCAGUUUGAAUUAUCAGACCUGGAGGACGCCAUUGUGGGCCUGAAAGCGGAGAAGGAGAAGAAUUUGAUUUUGGAUUUCCCUCAGCCUGCUGCAGACUAUUUGCACUUCCGGAACCAUCUAAAGAAGAACCUGGUAUGCUUGGAAAACUGUAUAAUUCAAGAGAGAUCACUCACUGGCACAGUCAAAGUAAGCAAUAUAAGCUUUGAGAAAAAGGUCUGUGUGCGAAUAACAUUUGAGUCAUGGAAAAGCUAUGUUGACAUUCCUUGUACAUACAUGAAUAAUGUUUAUGGAUGCGAGGACGUUGACACCUUCUCGUUUUUCAUUGACCUUCCAAGUUUUGUGCCCCCACACAAGCAGGUGGAGUUCUGCAUAUCCUACAAAACUCACAAUACCACAUACUGGGACAAUAAUGAUGGGAAAAAUUACAAGCUGAUACAUGCAGAGAACAACCCCAGCCAGACCAGUGUAACCCAAAAGAUGACAACAGAUUUCAAGAAUCAAGGCAAACGGCCAGAGAUGGAAUUUGAUCAAUUCGGGAGCCCAAGAACAUCUAGUGGAUUCUUCCCCGAGUGGCAGAGUUGGGGUCAUAUUGAGAACAACACCCCUUACUGGUGACAGUUCAAGACCCCCGAUAAACUUGAAAUAAAGGCUGUAACAAGGACAAAUGCAAAUGGUUUCAGAAUUGACUUUUGAAAAGUCUGAAGAGUAAAAAUGAGCAAUGAUGUCCUCAAAAGAAAACCCUUUUGGCCAUGUGUGUCUUUGAUACUGUUCAAAUGAAUUCAGUGUUGGUGUAUGUUUUUGAAAUACACAUUUAGCUUAAUACGAGAUGUCUGGGCUCUGAAAUUAUGCAAAGUUGAGACUAACCAUGUUAACCAUAAUGGCAGUUACUCGGAAUGAAAAAUGUUGGUUUAUGUUAUUUUCUAAUUUUUUAGCACACUACAUACACUAUUUUGUAUAUCUGACAUGGGGUAAACCAAUCAUUUUCAUAACAUAGAUGCCUUCCUUUGUGUUAUUCCGUGAUUAACUGUAAUACAAUGACAUUGUUUUGGAUAUCUUUCCAAAUGGCCUUGUAUGAAGAGAACAAUUAGCACUUGCUCUGAAAUAGAUUCUUCAGUGUACUAUUUUUGAAGGGUAAUAAUUUUGUUACUCCAUCUAAAGUCACUGAAUUUUGGGAAUCCUGCUUCUGAAAUGUGACUGGACGUUAAUAUGCAAUAAUUUAAGUCAUGUUUAAAAAGACAGAUUUAAAACCACACGAGGGUGAGUAAAUGAUGACAGAAUUUCCUUUUUGAGUGAAUUGUCCCUUUUAGAGCAGAUGGACCUGCACUGCAUAAAAUGUGUGGAAUUGUCUGGUACAAUAUGAGAUUGCUUCAUAUUGAAGUUUUGCAUCUCAUUUGAUAGUACCAGUUUAUCUGUCACUUUCUAGUGAAUGCACUAAGCGUGACACAUUAUGAGGGAGUCCAUGAGAGAUAAUAAUGCCCAUUAAGUGCUAAAUCCAUGCUGUUGCACUUCUGAUUUUUCCUAUGUCUGUUCUACUUUUUUAAAGCUGCACUUUCCUACAACAAUAUCUUUCCUACAACAAUUUUGCUGCUAUGGUAUUGUGCAUGGUUGUGUGUGCUGCGUUGUGAUUUAUGACCCAUGGUGUGUGGAAACUCUCUGUUAUUUGGAGGAUAGAAGAUGAGGGAUUUGGAUGUAACUUUAAGAAGGUAGUAGUAAGUCAGGAAGCGUUGCUAAGGUGAGGGAUGAUAUUGAAUGAGACUGUUUUUCCCCUUUCCGCUGCAAUAGUAAAACAGGUUGAGGCCUUAAAGGGGUCAUAUGAUGCAAUUUCAAAUUUUCCUUUCUCUUUGGAGUGUCACAAGCUGUUCAUGC